CCUUUCCGAGCGGCCGGUGGUGGUGGUGUUCGCUCUCGUGUCGCGCUGUAAUGACGGCAUCGCUCUCCUUUCCCGGAAGCGGAAGGCGGUUGGGAUGGAGAAGGCGCUGGCGCUGCAGGGGCGGCGAGUCCGGGGCUCGGGCCCGUGAGUGCGGGGCGGGGAUGGCAGGAGCCCCGGGCGACCCCACCUCCUCUCUUCAGGGGCCCGGCGCCGGGGAGCGCGCUUUGGCGGAGCUGCUGCUGGAGUUCUCGAGAGCGCAGUACCGGGCCCGGGAUGGAGGGGGCGGUAGCGGGGGAGGCGGCGGAGGAGGAGGAGGCACCUCGGCAGGUGGAGGCGGCGGCGGGGCCGGCAGCAACGCCAAGAUAGAGCGCAUUGAGAAAUGCUGUCUUGAGUUGUUUGGCAAGGACUACUGCUUCAGCGUGAUCCACAAUGGGAAUGGUGAAAUCUGCAGCCAUUACCCCCGCCUGAUUGUCUUCUUGGAGUAUGAGAGUACAGAUCAAGAGAGGCACACAUUUGAGAGCACCGUCCAAGUUGGCAAGCUGCAAGACCUCAUCCACCGCAGUAAAAUGGCCAGGUGUAGAGGGCGGUUUGUCUGCCCCGUCAUCCUCUACAAGGGCAAGCAUAUAUGCCGAUCGGCCACCCUGGCGGGGUGGGGGGAACUUUAUGGGCGCACAGGAUACAACUACAUUUUCUCAGGGGGCACAGACGAUGCCUGGGCAGAUCCAGAGGACAUGUCAGAAGAGGACUCUGCUUUCAGAAAUGCAGACUCGCAGCUGUUCGACAAGGUCCGAGGUCAUGACAUCAAGCUCUUGAGGUACCUGUCGGUUACGUACAUCUGUGACUUGAUGGUGGAGAACAAGAAAGUGAAGUUUGGCUUGAACGUGACGUCUUCCGAGAAGGUGGAUAAAGCACAGCGCUAUGCAGACUUCACCCUCCUCUCCAUCCCAUACCCAGGCUGUGAAUUUUUCAAGGAGUACAAAGAGCGGGGCUACCGGGCGGAAGGGCUUGUUUUUAACUGGAAACAGGAUUAUGUUGAUGCUCCUCUCAACAUCCCAGUCUCUCUCACCGAGCGGUUGAACAUUGACUGGAGCGAGUAUCAGAGCUGGGACCUGGUGCAACAGACACAGAACUACCUGAAGCUCCUGAUCUCCAUUAUUAAUGGUGACGAUGACAGUGGGCUCCUGAUACACUGUAUAUCCGGCUGGGACAGGACGCCUCUCUUCAUCUCCCUCCUGCGCCUCUCCCUGUGGGCUGAUGGGCUGAUCCAUGCAUCCCUGGAACCUGCGGAGAUCCUUUAUCUGACCGUGGCCUAUGACUGGUUUCUCUUUGGGCACAUGCUAGUGGAUCGACUCAGCAAAGGGGAGGAGAUUUUCUUUUUCUGCUUCGAUUUUCUGAAGCACAUCACCUCCGAGGAGUUUUCGGCUGCUAAGCCGCCAAGACGGAAGAGCCUGCCACCCGGAUUUACUUUGGAAGAGAUCUGUAUGCUGAAGCAGAGGGACCGGGGCAGCCCUACUAGUCUCAGCAGCGACUUCUCUCUUGUGAUGGAGAACUCACCUGGGGCUGCAGGGAGCUUCACCUACGAAGCAGUGGAGCUGAUGCCAGCAGGGUCCCAAACACAGGCUGCUUGGAGGAAAAACUGUGCCUCUUCCCCACAGACAGUCCUGUGGGGUCGGCCGCAACAGUCCGAGGAACGGCUGCCCGUCCAGGGUGUGCUCGAAGCAAAGUCCUCCAGCUCCUCCUCUUCCAACCACUCGGAGAACUUCUCAAGGCUGGGCAGCAGUCCUCUGGAAGUGCCCAAAGCCAGAUCUGCAGACCAUUCUCUGCCUGGAUCCUCCAUCUCUACAGACUUUGGCAGCUGGCAGCUGGUAACGGGGAAUGGCAGUAUACAGGAGCAAGCAGACUCCUCCCUCCCUCUCAGCUUCCCGGAUGAGCUCCCUAACAGUUCCCUCCUGGUGACGCUGACGGAGAGGGAGACCCGGCUGGAGGACGUGCGCUCGGCGUUUCUGGCGGCCUACAACAGCACGGUGGGCCUGAAGCCUGUGAUGCCCAGCCCAUCGGGAGCCAUCGGUGGCCUUCUGGAGCAGUUUGCCCGUGGCGUUGGACUAAGAGGAAGCAGCGUUCUUUGAGACCCCCUCCCACCACCACCACCCACCACUACCAACAACAGCAACGCUGCCCUGUCUGGGUUGCUUUCUAGUCCGGAAGGUGAAGGAACCUCAUAAGCCAUGAGAGCCCAGUGGCCAGCUUCUGGCUUGGGCCAGAGCAUCAGGCUACGCUCUCCUCUGUACGCUAUUUGACUGCCAGCCCUUCUGGGUCCAUCACUGACUGACUGACUGACUGACGGGUCACAGCUUUCAGCUGCCUUGGGCUGGGCUGGUUUCCACUAGAAUGAUGAGCUGGGGGAAUGGUUCUCCACACCCCCCAACUCAUAUAGGAUUUGGCUAGCUCUGACAAAUCACCACAGUAAAAUGUGUCAAACCCCC